ACGUACGGUCCUGCAUGGACGUGGGGGUGAAUAUGUCAUAUUGAUUGUGAGAACAGCUGUGGGUGUGUGCGCAACAGGAAUGACCGGAUUGGAGGUUGCUGUUACGCAGUCAGUGACAAGCACCACCAUGAUUCGGGUGGCGGUAUCGCCUCACCCGUUGCUGCUCGUAAUGGUGGUGGUUACUAUUGCGGCGGCUCUUCCACAUGCUGUCAUGGCAAUUGACCUUGCCAAAUUGUAUGGACACAUUAGCUCGAAACGGGGCGAUGCUUGUCACCCGUACGAACCGUUCAAAUGUCCAGGGGAUGGUAACUGCAUAUCGAUACAAUAUUUGUGCGACGGUGCCCCCGAUUGUCCAGACGGUUACGACGAAGACUCGAGGCUAUGCACGGCGGCCAAGAGACCGCCGGUCGAGGAGACGGGCAGCUUCUUGAAAUCGCUGCUCGCCAGCCACGGUCCCAAUUAUUUGGAGAAACUAUUCGGCAGCAAGGCAAGGGACGCGCUCAAACCUCUCGGCGGGGUGGAUAAAGUAGCCAUAGCGCUUUCAGAGUCUCAAACGAUUGAAGACUUUGGAGCGGCAUUGCAUUUAAUGCGGGCAGACUUAGAACAUUUACGUGCCGUUUUCAUGGCAGUGGAGAAUGGUGAUUUAGGAAUGUUGAAAUCUUUAGGUAUUAAAGAUUCGGAACUAGGAGAUGUAAAAUUCUUCCUGGAGAAAUUAGUGAAUACAGGAUUUUUAGACUGAAUUAUAUUUGACCCUGCUGCAGAUUAUUUUGAUCAACCUGAUCCUGACUUGCCUUUAAGCAAGUACUAUUAUAAUUCUUACCUUCCACAUUAAUCUGUGUGUCUGUCUGUCUGUGUACCCUUUAUUCAGCAGCAGAGUCCGUUAUAAUCCGUCCCCCCUUUUAAUUCCUUUUCAUCAAAUCCCAAAAAUAAUGUGUAAAAAUUCAAGAUUCACUCAAACCUGUCUCAAUGGGUGGUAUCUUAAAGUAAUUAUAAAACGGCCAAGCAACCAGACUUAUGAUAUAUAUCGAGCACCAAGAUAUACUUUGGAUUAAAAAUCACAUAUCAUUAGUAAGUAAGACAAUGUGAUCACAUUUAAGUAAACACUUGAAUAUUUUUAGUAUUUCUAUUCUCUCGAUGUUUUUAACGAAACAACAUACAAACCGUCAUAUUUGUGAUCACUGUUCAGAUAUGACUCCCAAAUAUUUAUUGUGGCACUAAUCGUAGAUUUAGAUUACCGGCAGGUCCGGACCCUGUCCAUGUCCGUCAGGAGUUUGCGGUGGUCUCAACACUUUUUUGGCAAAAGGUGCAACCAAUCAAGUGGACAGUCCAAAGCACGGUCCCAAUCGGCUGGACAAAGCAAAACAAAAUGAAGACAGCACAACUGACGUGAUAGCUGAAAUUUCUUGUAAAGCUGCGCGCUUGAGGGCCUUGCGGGCAUUUUAAGAGGUUUCGACUGUUGACCGGCGUUGUAAACGCUCUUGUGAUUUUUGUACAUAUCAUGAUGAUGCAGAAACUCAAGUCAACUGCGAUGAUAACGACCUGACACUAUCGGAAACAGCAGUUCGACAUGAAUUUCGCCAUCUUAGACAUAGACACAAUCAUAUCCGCAUGCGAAUAUAGUCAAUAAGAUAUAUAUACAUAUUAUAUAUAGAUUAUACAAAUAUAAUAUAUUUUUUCGACUUGUAGUGGAAAUGUUUGUGUUUGGUGUGCGAUAAAAAUUAUUUAUCAAUGUUACCUCAAUCAAUUAAAUAUUUUAAUAAAAGGCUGGUUUCUUAUGUAUACAUAUCAAAUGUUUUUUAUUAUAAGGUCUUUGCAUAAUUUAUUUGUCAAGUGGAAUUUCUAAUUAAAUAAAUAUAUUAUCAAAGAAUA